AUGAGUUCAAUUUCUCCGAAAACUGAGUUGACGGACGCGGUUGCCAACAUUUUUGCAUGUGAUUCAGACCACAAAGCCCAAUUUGAAUCUUUGGUUCGUUUGUGCAGUGAUUAUCUUCCGAUUGAUCCAUCAAAUCGUGUGAAUGUUAACGCAGUUUUGGAAGCGGUUCAAGCUGUUAUCACCUUGGAAACCGGCAGCAUGGUCGUUUCUCGACAAUUUGUUUCCCUUGUAACUGAUCGACUGGAGAAUAAUCACUACGGCCAAGAAGAAGUUAAAGCAAUCGCCGAGGGAAUCCUGGGAAUUAUUAAAACGCGCACAAUUUCUUAUGAAGAUCAGGUGUGUAUUCUUCGGCUUCUACUCGCUAGUAUUUACGAAAAAGAAGGAAGGCUUAAGGAUGCUGCGCGUACUUUGAUUGCCAUAAAUUCUGAUAGCAGUCCAAAAUUCAAUGGACCUAAGGCGAAUAUGGAAGGUGCAAAAGCACAACUCUGCAUUCGAAUCACAAGAUUACUACUAGAAUGUGAAGAGAUUGAUGAGGCUGAGCAAUUUGUAAACCGCACUAGUUUGCUCAUGGUUGAUGUUGAUUCGCCAGAUCUCAUAAUUGAACAUAAGGCGCUUCAAGCCAGAGUUGCUGACGCGAAGAGAAGGUUUUUGGAAGCAGCUGUGAAAUACUACGAAAUGAGUCAAACUGACGCUCUUCCAAACAGUGACCGAAGAACCGCUCUAGAAAAGACGAUUGUUUGCAUUUUGCUCGCAAAACCCGGUGCACAACGGAACCGCCUUCUGGCGACGCUUUUCAAAGACGAACGAGCUCAUGGAUUGCCAUCAUUUGAACUCGUCGCUAAAAUGUAUUUGAAUCGACUUGUUCAUCGCGAUGAACUUGCUGAAUUCGAGAACCAUCUCAAACCUCAUCAAAGGGUUGACGAAAACGGAGAAUCGAUUCUCAAAAAUGUUAUUCAAGAGCACAAUAUCACAGCUGUCAGUCAAUUAUAUAUAAACGUUUCAUUCAAAACGCUGGGAGAUAUUCUGGGAGUUAGUCCAGAAGCGGCUGAAUUAAUGGCUGGCGAAAUGAUCGCGUCUGAACGUGUCAGCGGUUAUAUCGACCAAAGUGAUGGGCUUCUCCACUUCGAAGAUGUUCGGCCUAUGCGUGUUUGGGAUAUGCAGAUUCUAACAACAUUGCAACAAGUGAACAAAGUCAGCGACUUGAUCAUCGAACGGCAUCCGCACCUCGCCAACUUUGAAUCAUCGAAAUAA